CGCGCGCAGGCAGCCGCAACGAUCAUGUGAACGCGCCCUCUGUCGUGGCUUCCAAUGUCAUAUGACUAGCCGCCGCAGUGUCAUUUAAUACCGUACAGAAAUAGCUAGCUUGUUACCAGUAUCUUUUAGUUAUUACCCUUAGCUACUAGCACACCAGCUAUACUGUAGUUCAGGUAGAGGGUUUAUUUAAGUAUGGCAACCUUGGUGGGAAACAGGACAAUGGACAUCAACGGUCCUGCUGCGGCAAGGACACACACACAAGCUGUGACCAGAAACUACAUCUCUCAACCAAGGCUGACAUAUUCUACUGUGUCUGGAGUGAAUGGCCCCCUGGUGAUUCUGGAUAAUGUGAAGUUUCCCAGGUAUGCAGAGAUUGUGCACCUGACUUUACCUGAUGGCACCAGGAGGAGUGGCCAAGUGCUGGAGGUGAUUGGCACCAAGGCUGUUGUACAGGUGUUUGAGGGGACAUCUGGUAUUGAUGCCAAGAAGACGGCCUGUGAGUUCACCGGUGACAUCCUGCGCACACCUGUGUCUGAGGACAUGCUGGGACGUGUUUUCAAUGGCUCAGGCAAGCCCAUUGACCGUGGCCCCACUGUGCUGGCUGAAGACUACCUGGACAUCAUGGGCCAGCCCAUCAACCCUCAGUGCCGUAUCUACCCUGAAGAGAUGAUCCAGACCGGUAUCUCUGCCAUCGAUGGGAUGAACAGCAUCGCCCGAGGUCAGAAGAUUCCCAUCUUCUCUGCAGCCGGCCUGCCCCACAACGAGAUUGCUGCCCAGAUUUGUCGUCAGGCUGGCCUGGUGAAGAAAUCCAAGGAUGUGAUGGACUACAGCGACGAUAACUUUGCCAUCGUCUUUGCCGCCAUGGGGGUGAACAUGGAAACUGCUCGCUUCUUCAAGUCCGACUUUGAGGAGAAUGGAUCCAUGGACAAUGUUUGCCUGUUCUUGAACCUAGCCAACGACCCCACUAUUGAGCGCAUUAUCACCCCUCGCCUUGCUCUGACCUCAGCUGAGUACCUGGCCUACCAGUGUGAGAAGCAUGUCCUGGUCAUCCUGACUGACAUGAGCUCAUACGCCGAAGCUCUGAGAGAGGUGUCUGCUGCCAGAGAGGAGGUCCCUGGUCGUCGUGGUUUCCCCGGUUACAUGUACACUGAUCUGGCCACCAUCUACGAGCGUGCUGGGAGAGUGGAGGGCAGGAACGGCUCCAUCACUCAGAUCCCCAUCCUCACCAUGCCCAACGAUGAUAUCACCCACCCCAUUCCUGAUCUCACAGGGUACAUCACUGAGGGACAGGUCUAUGUGGACAGACAGCUGCACAACAGACAGAUUUACCCACCCAUCAAUGUGCUGCCCUCUCUGUCUCGAUUGAUGAAGUCUGCCAUCGGUGAAGGAAUGACCCGUAAAGACCAUGCUGAUGUCUCCAAUCAGUUGUAUGCCUGCUAUGCCAUUGGUAAGGAUGUGCAGGCCAUGAAGGCCGUGGUGGGAGAGGAGGCCCUCACCUCCGAUGAUCUGCUCUACCUGGAAUUCCUGCAGAAGUUUGAGAAGAACUUCAUCGCUCAGGGCCCUUACGACAACAGGACUGUGUAUGAGACCCUGGACAUUGGCUGGCAGCUGCUCCGAAUCUUUCCCAAAGAAAUGCUGAAGCGGAUUCCCCAGAGCACCCUGGCUGAGUUCUACCCCAGGGAGUCUGCAGCUCGUCACUGAGCGCCCCUCAACUCAGAGAUCAGAGCAGUAAUCUCAGCUCCCUCUGUAAUGUAUUGUACUGUAUCUGUGUCCAGAACCCCGUAUGGAUUGUGUCUCAUUAUCUCAUUUUAUUUAGAGAUUUAAGCUUACCCUUAAAUCAAAGAAUGAUCCUGUUAUUUAUUGGGAUAUGUUACUGUUGGAUUUUGUUCAUUGAAUGUUGUCCCUACCUAAAGUAAAUGAAACUUUCCAAGAAGGUAAAACAUCCUAUACAUUUAGAUCUCAAAGGAAGUUGUGUGUUCUCUUUCACAUUUCAAUGGUUUAAAUUUGUCCAAUAUGUUUGUUACUGUCACCCUGAAGAUAGCACUUCAAUCACUUAUUUCAGAUGGUGGGCAAUUACUGUCAAAUUGUAGGACUUCAUCAAACACCCAGGAGGUCUGAAAGUGACAUGACAUAGUUUAAUUUAUUACACUGAACCUCAUUGGUACUUAAAUGUUUACUUGUAUAGGCUUCAGGUAAGGGUUUCGAUAAUGGACAAACUUUUGGGCUACUUGAAAUUGAUUUAUAUUGUAGAUGUCGAACUUUGUAGACUAAUUGCUUAUUUAUUGGCCUCUAAUUACUAUUGAAAGAUAAUUGUUUACAUGGUUUGUUAUUGCUAUAUGUAUGCGCUGUAAAAAAUAAUACUAAACAUUCCCCUGUUUCGUUGUUAAUUCUCUUGUUCGUUUGCCGAAAUCAUCUCUGUUAUGGCUCUUCUGUUUUCCUGUCCAUAAAUAAAUUAUAUUAGAACUAUGAA